UAUAUUUUUGAUUGGUGCUGUCAAGUGUCAGGGCUGAAACCUGAAUAACCUACAAUUUUAAAAAGCAAGUUUUGAGCCCAUAGUUUAUUUGGUUGAAAUCACAGACUGUUGAAAUUUAAAGUCAAAAUAUUGAACAAUUAUGACGCCCGUUCCACUAGUAAUAAUUACCCAGAUCGAAAACAGCACUAAAUAUGCAGAAUCUCCCGAUUCAAAGUUAAUUUCAAAUCUAGGCCUGCUAAAAGAGGCUGGAAACGACAGCGUUAAAAAAGUUAUUUACGAUGAUCAACCCGACCUUUUAACUCCCCAACUCCUCAAAGAUCUGUUGGGUAUUCUCAAACCUGAAGGGCAGCUUGAAAUAGUUCAGUUUGUUGAUGCCACAGAAUUCAAUUUAAAAACGGCUGGAUUUGUAAAUGUCGCCAAAAAGGAAAGUUCUGUGACUGCACUUAAGCCUAAGUAUGCCGUGGGUUCAUCAGUAAAACUUAACUUGAAAAAGGCGACAGUGUGGAAGCUGGAUGAUGACGAUGAGGAUGAUCUGAUAGAUCCAGAUGAUCUGCUAGAUGAGGAUGAUUUGAAGAAGCCCGAUCCUACUAGUUUGAGAGUAUGUGGCACCACCGGCAAACGCAAGGCAUGUAAAGAUUGUUCUUGUGGAUUGGCUGACGAACUUACUGCGGAGGCCCAGAGUGGAAAGAUUGUGAAUACCUCUGAUGCACCAAAAUCUUCAUGUGGAAGCUGCUAUCUCGGUGAUGCUUUCCGAUGUGCAACUUGUCCUUACCUAGGUAUGCCAGCGUUUAAACCAGGGGAAAAAAUUCAACUCUCCAGUUUACAGCUGAAAAGCGACAUUUAAAAGACUUCUUAACUUGGUUUUUUUUCUACCGUCUUUUUGUCGGCAUUUUUACAAUUUGGUAACCAGUUUUAACUUGAAGCAAAAAUCAGUAGAAGUGUCUUAUGCAAAUGAAAGUCUAAAAUGAUGUAGUGAUUGUAAUGUUAUCAGGGAAAUAAAUUAUGUGGGUGGUAGAUAUA